ACUUCUUCGUAUCAACAGCGUUGGAGAGCACCGAUUGCAUCGAAAAACAAGCGCCGCCUCUGGCGUCUACCGUCUCUCGAUGCAAAACGCGGCGGGGUCACAGGAUGCGGGCAGCAGACGUAGCAGCAGCAACAGCAGCAGCAGCAGCAGCGGAGCAUCCACCAGAUUAGAGUUCGGGUCGGGACUGGGAGCGGCGGCGGCGGCCAUCGUGAUCGGCGGUACCAGCGCAAGAGGUGCCCUCGCGGAAGACACCACUGGGGAUGCCGCCACAGCAGUGGUCGCAACGGCGGGAGCUGAAGGAGCUGCCCCUGCGGCUUCGCCGGCCGCGACGGAGACCAAACCGUCGUUGCGCGAGCUGGGGUUCGAGGUGCCCUACACCGGCAAGUCGGUCCCGCUGAACAAGUUCCUGGGGAGCCGGGCCACCCUGGUGGUCAACGGCAAGCUUGACGAUCCGGAAGCGCUACACCAGAUGCCUGGGAUAACGAAGCUGGCAUCGGAGUACUCCAAGGACGGGCUGAACGUGCUACUGUUCCCGACUGAUCAGGGGACUUUCGAGGCGGACGAGGAUCGUGUGAUCCGAAUCAAGUUCUACCAGUUCUACGGUUUCGGUCAGUAUCCGAAGGCCGUGGUGUUCGACAAGAUCGACAUCGUGGGCAACACCAUCCACCCCUUCUACAGGUACCUCUGCCGGGCGCUGAAGAACCCCAACGGCAUCGCGCGCAUCACGCUUAACUACGAGAAGUUCCUGCUGGACCAAGACGGGAAGGUGGUGCGACGGUAUCCACGCAAGCUCGAGGCCGCCGACUUCGAGGCGGACGUAAAGGCGGUGAUUGCGGGUGACCCGCUGCCGGCCGAGAACCGCGACUACAAGCUGUCGUGGCUCAAGGCAGACCAGGAGGCUACGAAGUCCGAGUACGCGUUCAAGCUGGGCCUCAACUACUACAACAACUGACGAAAGCUAUUGUAGCGAUACUGGGGUGGGGGUGGAAGUUGUUUUUCGGUCGGACAAGGGCGACAGCCUAGUAUGGUACAAGUUAAGCUACUAGGCUGCCCUCCAGGGAGAGCACAGCAGUGUCGUCCAACGGAAACGCAAGAUGAAAAGAGAGGAUGGUGGUGUUAGUGUAUCAUGGCUCCCCCAUGUUUGAGGGAGACAGCUAGCUGAAUUAACCUCGC